AUUACUGUUCCACCACAAGUGUUCUAUCAUGACUGUUCCACUAUUACAGUUCCACUAUUACUGUUCCACCAUGUCUGUUACACCAUCACUGUUUCACCAUUACUGUUCCACUAUUACUGUUCCACCAUGACUCUUCCACCAUCUCUGUUCCACCAUUACUGUUCCAAUAUUACUGUUCCACCACGAGUGUUCCACCAUGACUGUUCCACUGUGACUGUUCCACCAUUACUGUUCCACUAUUACUGUUCCACCAUGACUCUUCCACCAUCACUGUUCCACUAUUACUGUUCCACCAUGACUCUUCCACCAUGACUAUUUCACCAUGACAGUUCCACUAUGACUGUUCGACCAUUACUGUUUACCAUGAUUGUUCCACUAGUACUGUUUGACCAUUACUGUUCCACCAUGACUGUUCCACUGUGACUGUUUCACCAUGAUGGUUCCACUAUUACUGUUCAACCAUUACUGUUCCAGCAUUACUGUUCCACUAUUACUGUUCCACCAUGACUGUUCCACCAUCUCUGUUCCACCAUUACUGUUCCACUAUUACUGUUCCACCACAAGUGUUCCACCAUGACUGUUCCACUGUGACUGUUCCACCAUUACUGUUCCACUAUUACUGUUCCACCAUGACUGUUACACCAUCACUGUUCCACUAUUACUGUUCCACCAUGACUCUUCCACCAUCACUGUUUCACCAUGACAGUUCCACUAUGACUGUUCGACCAUUACUGUUGACCAUGAUUGUUCCACUAGUACUGUUUGACCAUUACUGUUCCACCAUGACUGUUCCACUGUGACUGUUCCACUAUUACUAUUCCACCACGAGUGUUCCACCAUGACAGUUCCACCAUUACUGUUCCACCAUGACAUUUCCACCAUCACUGUUUUACCAUGACUCUUCCACCAUCACUGUUUCACCAUGACAGUUCCACUAUGACUGUUCGACCAUUACUGUUUACCAUGAUUGUUCCACUAGUAAUGUUUGACCAUUACUGUUCCACCAUGACUGUUCCAUCAUGACUGUUCCACUAUGACUGUUCCACCAUUACUGUUCCACUUUUACUGUUCCACCAUUACUGUCUCACCAUGACUGUUUCACCAUGACUGAUCAACUAUUACUGUUCCACCAUGACUGUCCCACUAUGACUGUUCUAAAAUUACUGUUCCACUAUUACUGUUAAACCAUUACUGUUCCACCAUCACUGUUUUACCAUGACGGUCCACUAUUACUGUUCCACCACGAGUAUUCCACCAUGACUGUUCCAGUAUGACUGUUCCACCAUUACUGUUCCACUAUUACUGUUCCACCAUUACUAUUCCACCAUCACUGUUCCACCAUCCCUGUUUAACCAUGACUGUUCCACUAUUAUUGUUCCACCAUGAGUGUCCCACCAUGACUGUUCCACUAUGACUGUUCCACCAUCACUGUUUCACUAUUACUGUUCCAGGAUAACUGUUCCACCGUAACUGUUCUACCAUUACUGUUGCACCAUGACUGUUCCACCAUCACCGUUCCUCUAGAACUGUUCCACUAUUACUGUUCCACCAUGACUGUUCCACCAUCACUGUUUUACAAUGACGGUCCACUAUUACUGUUCCACCACGAGUAUUCCACCAUGACUGUUCCAGUAUGACUGUUCCACCAUUACUGUUCCACUAUUACUGUUCUACCAUUACUGUUCCACCAUCACUGUUCCACCAUCCCUGUUUCACCAUGACUGUUCCACUAUUAUUGUUCCACCAUGAGUGUCCCACCAUGACUGUUCCACUAUGACUGUUUCACUAUUACUGUUCCAGGAUAACUGUUCCACCGUAACUGUUCUACCAUUACUGUUGCACCAUGACUGUUCCACCAUCACUGUUCCUCUAGUAUUGUUCCACUAUUACUGUUCCACCAUGACUGUUCCACCAUCACUGUUUUACAAUGACGGUCCACUAUAACUGUUCCACCACGAGUGUUCCACCAUGACUGUUCCAGUAGGACUGUUCCACCAAUACUGUUCCACUAUUACUAUUCCACCAUUACUGUUCCACCAUCACUAUUUCACCAUGACGGUUCCACUAUGACUGUUCUACAAUUACUGUUCCACUAUUACUGUUCCACCAUGACUGUUCCGCCAUGACUGUUUCACCACUACUGUUCCACUAUUAUUGUUCCACCAUUAGUGUUCCACCAUCACUAUUUAACUAUGGCUGUCCCACCAUUACUGUUCCACCACAAGACUUAGUGUUCCACCAUGACUGUUCCACUAUGACUGUUCCACUAUAACUGUUAACCAUGACUCUCCACUAUUACUGUUCCACCAUUACUGUUCCACCAUCACUGUUCCACCAUCCCUGUUUCACCAUGACUGUUCCUUUAUUAUUGUUCCACCAUGAGUGUCCCACCAUGACUGUUCCACUAUGACUGUUCCACCAUGACUGUUUCACUAUUACUGUUCCACCAUGACUGUUCCACCAUCUUUGUUCCGCCAUUACUGUUCCACUAUUACUGUUCCACCAUGAGUGUUCCACCAUGACUGUUCCACUGUGACUGUUCUACCAUCACUGUUCCACCAUUACUGUUCCACUGUCACUGUUCCACUAUUACUGUUGCAGCAUGACCGUUCUACCAUUACUGUUCCAUUAUUACUGUUCCACCACGAGUGUUCUAUCAUGACUGUUCCACUAUUACAGUUCCACUAUUACUGUUCCACCAUGUCUGUUACAUCAUCACUGUUUCACCAUUACUGUUCCACUAUUACUGUUCCACCAUGUCUGUUACAUCAUCACUGUUUCACCAUUACUGUUCCACUAUUACUGUUCCACCAUGUCUGUUACACCAUCACUGUUUCACCAUCACUGUUUCACCAUUACUGUUCCACUAUUACUGUUCCACCAUGUCUGUUACACCAUCACUGUUUCACCAUCACUGUUUCACCAUGACUGUUCCAUCAUCACUGUUCCUGUAGUACUGUUCCACUAUUAAUGUUCCACCAUGACUGUUCCACCAUCACUGUUUCACCAUGACUUUUCCACUUUUUUUACUUUUCCACCAUGACUGUUCCACCAUGACUCUUCCACUGUGACCGUUCCAUCACUGUUUUACUAUUACUGUUCCACCAUGACUGUUGCACCAUCACUUUCACCAUCACUGUUGCACCAUCACUGUUGCACCAUGACUGUUCCAUCAUCACUGUUCCUGUAGUACUGUUCCACUAUUAAUGUUCCACCAUGACUGUUCCACCAUCACUGUUUCACCAUGACUUUUCCACUUUUUUUACUUUUCCACCAUGACUGUUCCACCAUGACUCUUCCACUGUGACCGUUCCAUCACUGUUUUACUAUUACUGUUCCACCAUGACUGUUGCACCAUCACUGUUUCACCAUUACUGUUCCACCAUCACUGUUCCUGUAGUACUGUUCCACUAUUACUGUUCCACCAUGACUGUUCCACCAUCACUGUUCCCCCAUGACUGUUCCACUAUAACUGUUCCACCACGAGUGUUCCACCUUGACUGUUCCACCAUUACUGUUCCACUAUUACUGUUCCACCAUGACUGUUCCACCAUCUCUGUUCCACCAUUACUGUUCCACUAUUACUGUUUCACCACGAGUGUUCCACCAUGACUGUUCCACUGUGGCUGUUCCACCAUUACUGUUCCACCAUGACAGUUCCACCAUGAAUGUUCCACUAUUACUGUUCCACCAUGACUCUUCCACCAUCACUGUUUCACCAUUACUGUUCCACCAUCACUGUUCCUGUAGUACUGUUCCACUAUUACUGUUCCACCAUGACUGUUCCACUAUUACUGUGUCCCACCAGGAGUGUUCCACCUUGUCUGUUCCACUGUGACUGUUCCACCAUUACUGUUCCACUAUUACUGUUCCACCAUGACUCUUCCACCAUCUCUGUUCCACCAUAAUUUACUGUUCCACUAUUACUGUUCCACCACGAGUGUUCCACCAUGACUGUUCCACUGUGACUGUUCCACCACUACUGUUCCACUAUUACUGUUCCACCAUGACUCUUCCACCAUCACUGUUCCACUAUUACUGUUCCACCAUUACUGUUUACCAUGAUUGUUCCACUAGUACUGUUUGACCAUUACUCUUCCACCAUGACUGUUUCACCAUGACUGUUCCACUAUUACUGUUCCACCACGAGUGUUCCAUUAUGACAGUUCCACCAUUACUGUUCCACUAUGACAUUUCCACCAUCACUUUUUUACAAUGACGUUUCCACUAUUACUGUUCCACCACAAGUGUUUCACCAUGACUGUUCCACUAUGACUGUUCCACCAUUACUGUUCCACUAUUACUGUUCCACCAUUACUGUUCCACCAUCACUGUUUCAACAUGACGGUUGCACUAUUACUGUUCCACCACAAGUUUUCCACCAUGACUGUCCCACUAUGACUGUUCUAAAAUUACUGUUCCACUAUUACUGUUCCACCAUGACUGUUCCGCCAUGACUGUUUCACCACUACUGUUCCACUAUUAUUGUUCCACCAUUAGUGUUCUACCAUCAGCACUAUGACUGUUUCACCAUAAUGCAUCACUAUUUAGCUAUGACUGUCCCACUAUUACUGUUCGAUCACAAGUGUUCCACCAUGACUGUUCCACUAUGACUGUUCCACCACAACUGUUUACCAUGACUUUUCCACUAUUACUGUUCCACCAUCACUGUUCCACCAUCCCUGUUUCACCAUGUCUGUUCCACUAUUAUUGUUCCACCAUGAGUGUCCCACCAUGACUGUUCCACUAUUACUGUUCUAGGAUAACUGUUCCACCGUAACUGUUCUACCAUUACUGUUGCACCAUGAAUGUUCCACCAUGACUGUUCCUCUAGUACUGUUCCACCAUCACUGUUUUACCAUGAUGGUCCACUAUUACUGUUCCACCACGAGUGUUCUACCAUCACUGUUUCACCAUGACUGUUCCACCAAUACUGUUCCACUAUUAUUGUUCCACCAUUACUGUUCCACCAUCACUGUUUCGCCAUGACGGUUCCACUUUUACUGUUCCACCACAAGUGUUCCACCAUGACUGUCCCACUAUGACUGUUCUACAAUUACUGUUCCACUAUUACGUUUCCACCAUGACUGUUCCGCCAUGACUGUUUCACCACUACUGUUCCACUAUUAUUGUUUCACCAUAAGUGUUUGACCAUCACCACUGACUGUUCCACCAUCACUAUUUAACUAUGACUGUCCCACUAUUACUGUUCCACCACAAGACUUAGUGUUCCACCAUGACUGUUUCACUAUGACUGUUCCACUAUAACUGUUAACCAUGACUUUUCCACUAUUACUGUUCCACCAUUACUGUUCCACCAUCACUGUUCCACCAUCACUGUUCCACCAUCACUGUUCCACCAUCCCUGUUUCACCAUGACUGUUCCACUAUUAUUGUUCCACCAUGAGUGUCCCACCAUGACUGUUCCACUAUGACUGUUCCACCAUGACUGUUUCACUAUUACUGUUCCACCAUGACUGUUCCACCAUCUCUGUUCUACCAUUACUGUUCCACUAUUACUGUUCCACCACGAGUGUUCCACCAUGACUGUUCCAGUGUGACUGUUCUACCAUCACUGUUCCACCAUUACUGUUCCACGGUCACUGUUCCACUAUUACUGUUGCAGCAUUGCAGCAUGACUGUUCUACCAUUACUGUUCCACUAUUACUGUUCCACCAUGACUGUUCCACCAUCACUGUUUCACCAUGACUUUUCCACUAUUACUGUUCCACCAUGAGUGUUCCACCUUGACUGUUCCACCAUUACUGUUGCACUAUUACUGUUCCACCAUGACUGUUCCACCAUCUUUGUUCCACUAUUACUGUUCCACCACGAGUGUUCCACCAUGACUGUUCCACCAUGACUGUUCCACCAUUACUGUUCCACUAUUACUGUUCCACCAUGACUGUUCCAUCAUCACUGUUCCACUAUUACUGUUCCACCAUGACUCUU